AUGCACCGCGUCCGGCGGCUCGUGGCCGCGCUGUGGCCCUGCGCCUUGUACCUUGUGUGCUCGAUGAGCAUGAACGUGCUGACCAAGACGAUAUUGACCUCGUACGGCUGGCGCGCAGUCCUCUCGCUCGCUGCGCUGCAACACGUCUUUACCGUCUCCGUGCUGCUCCUCCUGCAUGCGACCCGCGUCCUGCCACUGGCCGUUGCCACGCUCACGUGGCGUGUGUGGCUCUACGAGGUCGCGCCGCUUGCGACGCUGCAGUCCGUCAACACGACGACGGCCUUUGUGUGCAUGCGCCUCGUCAACAUGCCCAUGUACCUCGUGCUGCGCCGCCUCACGACGCUCAAGGUCCUCUUCAUGGAGAUUGUCGUGCUCAAGAAGGUGAUCCCGGAUGCGAUGAAGGCCGCGCUUCUCGUCACAGCGCUCGGCAGCCUCCUCGCCGGCUACCACGACGCGUCCUCCGAUCUACCCGGCUACGUCCUUGUGGUUGCUCAAAACUGCAUGACCGCCGCGUCGCUCGUGCUCUCCAAGCAGUCGACGCUGUCGCCUCUGCUCGUGGUCUGGACCAACAGCGUCGUCGGCGCCUGUCUCUUGACGCCCCUCGCAUUGGCUUACGAGGCGUCGACCGUCCACGCAUUUGCAUCGACUUUGGCGCAUCCGCUCUCGUUUGCGAGUCUCUUUCUGCUCAUGAGCAGCGUCUGUCUGCUGUACCAAGUGGCCAUCCAGCUCUGCACCACCAAGACGUCGGCGCUCGCCACGUCAGUCACGGGCAACAUCAAGGACCUCGCGUCGACCGGCCUCGGCUUUCUCUUCUUCCACGACGCCGUCACCGACGCGUGGCACGUCCUCGGCGUCGGCAUCUCAUUCCUUGGUGCGUACGCCUUCUCGUUCCUCAAGUACCAGCUUCUCUUCGACCAAAAGUCGCCCUAUGCGACGCCGCUCCAUGUGUGGUGGAAGCAGCGCCACCGUGGCAAGGCUCGCCACCCCAAGGCGUACUAG